AUGCCAGCUCUUCGCCCACACCCUCGGAGUAUUCUCUUGACAUUAGAUGCAUUCAACACGAUUUUCCACCCUCGCCAACACGUUGCACUCCAAUACACCCAAGUCGCAAAGGCUACAGGCUUCAUAUCCCCAAGUGUCUCACCAGAAACAGUACAAGCUGCAUUCAAGGUUGCUUAUAAACGCGAAAGUGCUUCAAGGCCGAAUUAUGGAAGGAAUACACCGGGUUUUGGAGGGCCAAGAGAGUGGUGGGCGAACAUUAUACGGGAUUGUUUUGCUCAAGUUCACAUGGAAGAAAGGCGGAGAGAGAACACCUUGGAAACAGGAGUAGUGCGGGAAGUCCCUGAUUCAUUGGUGACAGAGCUUCUUCAGCGAUUUGAAAGCAAAGAAGGGUAUGCUCUAUUUGAUGACGUGGAAGAGUUCUUCGGGCGGCUGAAAGCCUGUAAGAGGGAACUGCAAGAGAAGAAGAAAGCUGGCUGUAUAGAGAGCAGUGGUAUCGAGAAUAUCAUCGUGGGAGUAAUUUCUAAUUCAGAUGAUAGAGUAUCUUCUGUCUUGAACUCUCUGGGACUAUCGGUUGGCAAUGCUUGGGCGGAUAACGGAGAACUGCUACUUCGUGCUGCUUCGUCAGCUCCUACUACAAAUGCGGCUGAAGCCGAAUUGAACGAUAUUGAUUUUAUAGUUACGAGUUAUGAGGCUGGAGAGGAGAAGCCACAUCAUCAUAUCUUUGACAUUGCCAAAACCAGGGCUAAAGAGCACCUGUUAGCUACGGAUCCAUCGUAUGAGUUAAAUGAUGACUGGAGAUGUAUCCAUAUCGGAGAUGACUACGGUCACGACUACAAAGGAGCCACCAAUGCUGGCUGGGAAGGCUUCCUCUUACUCAGAGAUGGGAUGGACUAUCUCUCCGGUACAAAUCACCAGGCAAUAGACGGUGAUGUAAAGUCUCUCCAAUCCCUAAAUGAGCUGUAUUCGUAUUUAGGCCUGAGAUAA